AUGCAGCGCUCGGGAGCCACACCGACGCAGACGGCCGCGCCCUUUUUCGCGUCCCUGUUUGGCGGCGGUCAUCACUCGUCCAACUCCAACUCCAACUCCAACUCCAAUUCGCACUCGCACUCGCACUCGCACGACGACCCCUCGUCGCUGUCUCCCACCACCAGGAAAUCUCCGGGAAAAUCCAUCAGGUCGCUCUCCCGUCCCACCAGCUCGGGCGUCGACGCCGCCGGUGACACAGGGGCUAGUCCAGCCCGGCAACACAACGUUCUCCACAAGAGCCGCGAUCGCAGGCCCUCAUUUGGUCGCAAGCCCUCCUUCUCCUUUGCCUCGUCCAGCUCCCCGAAGCGCCGCGCAAACUCGUCGUCGUCGGCCAAUGGCGCCGCAAGACCUCCGGCCAUCCAGCUCUUCCCCGACACCGACAAUCCCGUGCCUCCGCUCCCCAACUACGCCCUCGCCCAGGCCGUGAACAAGUUGUCGAGAGAGACCGACGCCGUGCUGUCAUCCCCCACCUCGACCCCUGAGGGUUUCUCCAAGAUGCUCAGUCGCACGACACCCGCGAACGGCCAGCUGGCUCCCCCUCCUGUUCUCCAGGGCGGAAGCAGCAGUGGCCAACCGAGCGAGCUGAGCGUGGUGCACCAGCAUAUUCAAGAGACGGCGAAUAAGAGGAUAUCGACGUUGGACUAUCUGCGCAAGGCCCACGAAGGCCGCAUCUACUGGUUCAACACCCUCCUCUUUGACAAACCCGACCUCCAACGCAUGCCUUAUUUCGAUCCACGCAAACUCGCCCGCCGAGCCACAAACUACCUGCUGCUUGGAAUCUCCCUACCAGCAGUGAUAGACCUCAACAGCAGCAACGCUGUUGAAUUCCUCAAAUCCUUCAACACCCUCCUCACAGAAUUCGACUCGUUUCAGCAACUCCACUCCGAAUCAGGCGCUUCGUCCUCUUCGUUGUCACGAGCGAGAAUACCACAGAUGUUCCGCCGCGCUGCCGGCCCUGCCAAGACAAGACGAUCCUCCAGCGCGACCACGGCGGCGGCAGCGGCGGCGACGGCAUCGCUGGCCGGCACAGCAGGGGAGUCCUCCCUCGGAGAGCAGCAACUCGCUCAGCUGGAGAGUCUGGCGCUCACACCAUCAAUCACCAACACCUCCACCACUUACCCGGGUGUAGGAUCAGGAACGGUCAACGUCACGCAUCCAGCGUCGAUUAUGAACUUUGCGGGGUCCGAGAUUGAUUUACUUCCCGGGGAGGAGUACACCCACCUGCUCACGCCAAGUCUGCCGUUUGACCCGGACUUUUUCGAGACGUUUGCCACUUUGUGUGAUGUCUUGAUUGAUACGUACACGAGAUUGCUGGGGCUGCUGCCGAGUCCGAAUCAUUGUGGGGGGAGCGUGGCCGAGUUGUUUAGCAAGGCGGAUGGGAAGGUGAGGAAGUUGUUGGUUCAGGGGGUUGUGAGGGAGUUUGAGGAGGGGACGAGAGCCGGGGUGAAGAGUGAGGUUGCGAAUGUGGGGAAGGUGGUGUUGAGCGGGUUGAUGUGA